CGGUUAUGGAACUACUUAAAAAGCUAGUUAAAGCUUCUAUGUACAUAGUAGACCAUGAAUUUAAAUUCACCGACUUAAAGCCUCAUAAUAUUUUUGUGACCCAAGAUGGUUCAGUAAAAGUCAUAGAUUUUGAGUAUAAAACUUGAUUCGAUAAUCUGAAGUAUUUCAAGAACCGAUAUGGAUCUGUUUAUUUUGUAAGCCCAGAAGUGAUCAGAGGUCACCAUUCUUUAGACUGGUUAGUCUGGAACAUAGGAAUUAUCGCAUAUUUCCUCAUCACUGGAAAACAGCCUUUUGAGGUAUAUGGGUUUAAACACUACCAAACGAAAAUAUGAGAUAAUGAGAUCGACCUUACAAUUAGUGAGUUUGAUGAUCUCUCAGAAGAGUUUAUGGACCUACUUGAAAAGAUGCUCAAUAGCGACCAGUUCCUUCGGUCUUCAAUAAUGGACUGAACCCAUCAUAAGCUCUUCUUUAAAAAGUAUGAGGGCGAAGAUGCUCACUGAGGUAUUGAAGACCAAGAAGCCGUCAAAGAGAGAUUAAAAAUUUUCCAAGGAGAAAUGGAUAUGUACUCUGCUAUUGUCGGCAUUCUAUACACCCAAGUUGUCUACUUGCCAGCAAAAUGGAAUAAGAAGAUCAAGAAGAAUUUGAAAAGAGUUUUAGUUAACUCUAAAGUCCCUAAGAGUUCUUUGUCAGAAGCAUUCAAAUUUCUGACAAUCGACCCUAAAAUUUGUAAUUUUCAUACAGAAAUGUUGCUAAAGGUUCUUCCUGGAUCUCAAACCGAGUUCACAAUUGAUGAAGUCAUUGCUGGUAUGAAGUCUCUAGAUAUUAGCCAUUACCAGAAUAAAAUAAAGGAGAGCUUUAAAAAUUUCCCUGAAGAAGGAAUCCCUCCUGAGGUGAUCCUUCGUGUGCUAAAAAGAGUCCACCCCACAAAAGAGUCUUCUCUUAUUGAUCAAAUAUCCCAACACAAGAACGAAGAAGGUAGAAUUAAGUUUGAUUCACUGCUGAAAUUAGUCUCUAUUCUCUAUCCUUAAUUAUAUAAGAAUUCCUACAUAGUUU